ACUCAUCAUCUCUGUCGCUGUUUCCUUUUCUUCUUCCAAACUUUUCUCUCUGUUACUUCCAUUCUUUUCUCGAGCUUUUUCUUAUCUUCAUCGCUUAAGUUUCGAAUUCGACAUCUCUCUGUGUAUCUUACCAUCGCAAGCAGUAGUUGAAUCAACUGUAUUAAGCCAGGUUAGCUAGACCAGCAAGUAAUUGCUGGCUAGCAGAGAUUUUUAGCUUGGGUGGUCUUUGAUAAUAGGAUCCUCUAUGAGCCCUCAAAGCGUAUCGACGACGAGCAAAUCCCUUGAGGGUGUCCAUGGGGUUCAUGUUGUUUCUCAUUCUCAUUUCGGAUUUGAGAGUAUUGGCCAAGUUUCAAGCUAUGAGUCUGCGGAUGCAGGAACAAAGCAGAGACUAUUCAUUGAACGUGUUUGGCAACAAAGACCUCCAUGCCUAAGACCCAUCCAUUGCAGCAUCCACGGCGAUCAGAGUAUAUUAGAAACAGCUGCUAAUGUGAUCACAUCGAUCCCUUUCAUUUUCCUCGGUAUGCAGGCACCGAGGAAAAACCUGAACAUGAAGGUGUAUGCAAACUCCUUAAUCGGAGUUGGAAUUGCAUCGAGUUUGUAUCAUUCUUCAAGAGGGAAAUUGAGGAAGUAUCUUAGAUGGGCUGAUUACACAAUGAUAGCUACAGCGACAGUAUGUCUAACGAGGGCUCUUAGAGAAGAGAACCCAAAGUUCUUGAUGGCUGCAUCAGCGUUGGCUCUACCGUUCCAGCCUCUCGUGGUAUCAGCUGUUCACACUGGAAUGAUGGAGGUAGCAUUUGCGAAACGAGCCUUAGAGGAUCCAGAUUUGAAAAUGGCUCAUGAUGUACACAAGAUGUCUUCGUUAUUGGGCGGAGCAUUGUUCAUAGCUGAUGAUCUUUUCCCUGAAACACCAUUCAUUCACGCCGGUUGGCAUCUCGCCGCAGCCAUUGGCGUUGGAACUUGCAAUAAGCUUCUUCAGUAAUCCACAUUACCAAAUAUAUUGAGUGAUUGUGGAACUGCCACAUUCUUGGUUUAGUGAGACCACUAGUAUGUGUGGUUUCACUAAGCUCAUAAAUCAGCCGACAUAACUAGUAGUAGUCAUCUCUAUCUUUAAUCAGUGUAAGGAACCGAAACAAGUCACACCUAUUGUAAUAUUAGGACAAAAAACUAUUGUUUUCCCU